CUUACAAACUGCUAACACAGUGAUGGCUAGUACCCAGAUCGACCGGGAAGGCCUACACAGCGCUUAUAGUGAUGUCAGGGACGACAAAAGCGACGUCAAUUGGGCCGUGUUCAAGUACGAGGGCAGCCAGGUGACUGUGGCGGCCAAGGGACAGACCUUUGAUGACUUCAAGGCGCAGUUUGGGGAUGAUGAGCGUGCGUUCGCUUACCUGCGCAUCCAGACUGGGGAUGAGAUGAGCAAGAGGUCGAAGUUCCUGAUGCUAACUUGGGUGGGCACCGAGGUCUCGCCCAUCAAGAAAGCGAAAAUGUCCACCGAUAAGGCCCUCGUCAAAGAGGUUCUUGCAAACUUUGCAGUGGAGUUGACAAUAGAAAGCGCUCACGAACUGGACCACGAAGCCUUUUUACAAGAGCUCGUGAAAGCUGGUGGAGCCAACUAUGGCACAGGAUUCCGCGAUUAGGCUUGUGGGUGCUCGCGUUUGGCAUUUAGAUAUGAUAGGACACUGAAAUGUAAUCAAUCUGGCUCUGUGUUCUCUUCAAAAAUUGCUAAUGUCAGGGAAUGGAACAGAAUCGUUUUAAUAAAUGAAAUACAAUCAAAUUAUAUAAAGUGCUUUGUGGGUUCAUGAUCAAAAUAUUGUAGGUACUUUUGUUAAUAUUCCCAUGGGCAGGAGAGAAUUAUCAUUAUUUGGAACUGCACUGAAUUUUCAUAGCAUUUAUGAUGAGUUUCAUUAUGCAUGCAACAUUUUUCACUGAGGAGUUUAACAGACAGGCAUUUUUAUAUAUACAUAGCUUUCAAAAGUUGACUUGAAAUACUUUCAUUAAAAAAACAUUACUGUAAACUAGUAUUAACCUAGAAUUAAGCAGUGCCAUCAGUUAUUCAAUUUUUUUUCUGUAAAUCCUCUAUUUUUAGCAUUACAAUUGAUAGACUGGUCAUAUUUAAUUCUACAAAAAAUACAAUAUAUAAUCAGAUAUAGAUUUUAAAUAGAAGUAUCAUUCUUUUCUGGUUUUAAAAUUUUUGUAUUGUUUUUAGGCCAUACACAAUCUUGGAGCUGGUUCUGUAUUGUCAUAUGUAAUAAAAAUAUAAAAUAAA